UCGUGUCCUGGAGGCCUGCUCCCCCUUCCUCCCUGUGUUUCUGGCGCGGGAACUCGGGCCUGCGGCUCCUGCUUGGCUUUUUUUCCCUUGUUGCCGGGGCGGCCCUGCCACCCGCGCCCCCUCUGGACAGGGAGGCGAGUUCCUCGCUGUUGGUGAGUAACACUGCGUGUUAUUCUGUGCUCAGCGCGUGGAGCUCGGUCGGUGCACCCGCGGCCCGCCUGGUAGAGGUGUGGCCACUGCUCCAGAUGCUGAGACUCCUGUGUCCUUGGAAGAGGCGGGGACCCGGCGCGGGCUGGAGCAGCCUCUGUCUUCUGAAGCGCUGUCUGUUCACCAUGAAGUUGCAGUCUCCGGAAUUCCAGUCCCUUUUCACAGAAGGAUUGAAGAGUCUGACAGAAUUAUUUGUGAAAGAGAAUCAUGAGCUGAGAAUAGCAGGAGGAGCCGUGAGGGAUUUGCUGAAUGGGGUGAAACCUCAAGAUGUUGAUUUUGCUACCACCGCCACCCCAACCCAAAUGAAGGAGAUGUUUCAAUCGGCCGGCAUCCGGAUGAUCAACAACAAGGGAGAGAAGCACGGAACAAUCACAGCCAGGCUUCAUGAAGAAAAUUUUGAAAUUACCACACUAAGGAUCGAUGUCACAACCGACGGAAGACAUGCUGAGGUAGAAUUCACAACUGACUGGCAGAAAGAUGCCGAACGCAGAGACCUCACUAUAAACUCCAUGUUUCUAGGCUUUGAUGGUACUUUAUUCGAUUACUUUAAUGGCUAUGAAGAUUUAAAAAAUAAGAAAGUUAGAUUUGUAGGACAUGCACAUCAAAGAAUACAAGAAGAUUAUCUUCGGAUUUUAAGAUACUUCAGGUUUUACGGCAGAAUUGUGGACAAACCUGGUGAGCAUGACCCUGAGACUUUGGAAGCAAUUGCCGAAAAUGCAAAAGGCUUGGCUGGAAUAUCAGGAGAGCGGAUUUGGGUAGAAUUGAAAAAAAUUCUUGUUGGUAACCACGUAAACCACUUAAUUCACCUAAUCUAUGAUCUUGAUGUGGCUCCUCAUAUAGGUUUGCCUACACCCUCAAGUUUAGAAGAAUUUAACCAAGUCAGUAAAAAUGUUGAAGGUUGCUCAGCAAAGCCAAUGACCAUCUUGGCCUCACUGCUGAAAGUACAAGAUGAUGUCACAAAAUUGGAUUUGAGGUUGAAGAUUUCAAAAGAAGAGAAAAACCUCGGCUUAUUUAUAGUUAAAAAUAGGAAAGACUUAGUUAAAGCAUCAGACAGUUCAGAACCAUUGAAACCCUAUCAAGACUUCAUUAUAGAUUCCAGAGAGCCAGAUGCAAGUGCCCGAGUAUGUGAGCUGCUGAAGUACCAGGGUGAACGUGGUCUCCUGAAGGAGAUGGAGCAGUGGUCCAUCCCCCCCUUCCCCGUGAGCGGACACGACAUUAGAAAAGUGGGCAUUUCUUCUGGGAAGGAAAUUGGUGCUUUGUUACAGCAACUGCGUGAACAGUGGAAAAAAAGUGGCUACCAAAUGGAAAAAGAGGAACUCCUAAGUUACAUAAAGAAGACCUAGAAUGACCUGGUACUCAAAAGGGACAAACAUUUGGUAAGACUGGUCAUCUUCCCCUGUCUGAGAUUUAAGAAGCUAUAGCAGAGUUAAAAGAGAAUCUGUUAAGAAAAAUUUUCUUACUUUGUGAAACUGCAUUUCAGGUACUGACUUGAAAUGGAGUCUACCUCCUCUUAAUAUGAUUGUAUCAAUGAAUCCUAGAAUGCUUUUGGAGUAGGUUCUGACUUGCCUGUCUAUGCUUUUUAAAUAAAAUGGUUUUUCCAUAGGGAAAAAUUAGGAUUGACUUUAAAUUAUUUUGCCGGGUGGUAUACACCUGUAAUCCCAGCUACUUGGAAGGUGGAGACAUAAGGAACUGAGUUUGAGGCUCACUAGCAGUUAGUGACACCCUGUCUCAAAAGCAAAGUAUAAACAAAAGGCUGGCCGUGACUCAAGUAAAACAGCAAAAAAAAAAAGAAAAAAGAAGUGCUUAAUACUCUGCGCAUUGAGAUGAAUGGGCUGCUUGGCCCAUUGAUAGAUUUCAGUCUACCUGAAUUCCAAAAUGAACUGGUACCUAUAAUUGUUGGUAAAUCUGUGUAAAACACCUAUCCAUUUAUUCAUAGUGGAUUUGUUCUAGCAAUUUGUGUUUUGGUAUGGAGCUGUUAUUUGUCAUAAGGAUUGCUUUAUGUGUGUGAAGCCCGGAGAAGUUAACUUGUACAGUCUCAUUAUUUUAGUAAAAUAUUACCCUUGGUUUUGGAAGGUAACUGGGUUUAUACUACAACUUUACCCAGGUUAGUAAUUAAAUGCAAUAUAAAAUAUCUGAAAACAUUUAAGUACUACAAGGAUAUUCUAUAUGAUGUAGAUUUAACUAACUGUUACAGAAGCCUGUGGUGUAUAAGAUGUCUCUGGGCAGUACUAUGAAUCUGAGAUGCUACCUCUGAGGAGCAAAAAGGAGAGAUGCUUUUCCCUCACUGCCUGUGUUUUGACUUGUCUGCAGAGAUGCAGUGUCCUAGAUCUCCCCGUAGUAUCCCUUUAGAGUAUAAGUGUGUGUGUGCAUGUGUGCGUGUGCCUAUUCUGGGACUUGAACUCAAGUUCUCUUGCUCUCACUUAGUUUUUUUCAACUCAAGGCAGUCACUACCAUGUGAGCUCUACACCUCCAUUUCUGGCUUUUUGCUGGUUAUAGAAGUCUCAUAUUGGUCUGACUGGGCUGGCUUUGAAGCUUGAUCCUCAGUUCCUGCUGCAGAAUUAGGAUAGAAUAAGUCCUGAAUGCAGUGCAAAUGAAGUUUAUUUUCAUUUACUGACACAAAGUUAACAGUCCGUUUUUGGCCUCAGUAUUAGAAAUUGAUUAGACGUUUGACCUGAUGAGUUUUGAGUUAUGUAAAUCAGUGAAGGAUAUGAGACCAAAGUUACACAGCUGUAAAAGGAUUCAGUAAACCUUCAAAUAUAUAUAAGCAAAGAGGUAGGUAGCAAUCUAUGGAUUUUAUCUUAGUUAUUUCUUAUACCUCCAUUGUUCAGUUGUGAAUAGGUUACAUUAUUUAAAUAAGGAACAUUAAAUUUAGUUUUGGUCAGUUUACUUACACAUUUUCUUCCAGUUACAUCAACUGAAAUAGAUUGCAAAAUACAGUGUUAUUUCAGCCCCAUAGUAGUUUAAGUUAAACAUUUUAGGAGCUAGGG